CAUACUGCGACAUGUGAAAGGUCGCAAUUUUUACUAUACAAAGGCCUAAGCAUUAAUAGUGUUUUUUUUUAAGUUACUAUACUUUAGGUAUCGACUAUAAAAAAAGGCAUUAAAAUCUGAAGUCCUACAAAUCAGGAAAUAUGAUGAUAUCCGUUCGAGUUCUCCUUAUUUCUAGUUUAAUGCUUUCAGCAUUUUUCGGUACUAGUAAUUGUGUAAUAGUUGUGAAUGAAGGAGACAUUGGUCUUUAUUUUGACUAUGACAAAAUGAAGCCAAAUUGUGUGAAGAAAAAAGGAGAUAAUUUGAAAUUUGCAGUGGGUACUUGUAUUGGUGUUUGGCGACCUGGGGACUCGCAGUACGAAAAAUUUGAAGGUGAAGCCCAGACAGACGGAAAGUAUACACCUGAAGAAGCAGUGAGAAUGCUUUGGAAAUACUGUGGUGGUGUUUUGCCACCUGUUGAUACAACUGUAAAUAAUUAA